AUGGCGUUGUGGCUAGUAGUCCUGUUUGCUAUGGCAACGCAUGUCCAGAGUACGUCCAUUCAACGUGUACAUGGAGUCGGACAAGAUCCGGAAGUGUACAUGAACGUUACCCAGUUGAUUACCAGUAAAGGUUAUCCAUGCGAGGAACACGAAGUAACUACUGAUGACGGAUUCAUUCUCGGCCUCCAGAGAAUUCCUCAUGGAAGACUAGAAUCACAGAAAGUGUACUACCCGGUGGAAGACCAGCCAGUUGUACUGCUACAGCAUGGUCUCUUGUCCUGCUCAAGCUGCUGGCUGGAUAACCUUGUUAAUGAAAGUCUGGGAUACCUGAUGGCAGACAAUGGUAUCGACGUUUGGCUGGGCAACAAUCGUGGAAACAUAUAUUCACGGAAACACAAAACACUUAGCCCUGACGACCCGAAAUUCUGGGAAUGGAGUUGGGACGAGAUGGCUCUAUAUGAUAUGCCAGCAAUGAUAGACUAUAUCUUGAACGUGACGAAUAGGAAGCAGCUCUAUUAUCUGGGAUAUUCACAAGGUACACAAAUCGCAUUCUCAGGGCUUAGUCAACCUUGGAACACGGACAAAGUGAAGAUGUUUUUUGCCUUUGCUCCAGUCACAAACCUUGGCGGCGUCAUUAGUCCGAUCCGACUGCUUGCCCCAUUUGUCAAACCAUUACAGACGUUUUUUGAGUUAUUCGGGACAGGUGAGUUUCUCCCGAGCACCGAUAUGGUUAAGUGGCUUGGAAGGGAGGUAUGCAGUAAACCAGGAUUGGACUUCGUUUGUGAAAAUUUCCUCUUUGUCCUCGGCGGGUAUGACUUCAAACAGUUCAACAAAUCACGAAUCCCCGUUUAUGUUGCCAACCAUCCGGCCGGUACCUCGGUACAGAAUAUAGCCCACUACGCACAGUCCAUCCUUCACAAGGAUUUCUUGAUGUACGAUUUUGGUUCAGAAGCUGCCAACCUCGACCGUUACAACCAGACGACCCCGCCAGCCUGGAACGCAUCCCUGGUAAAGACUCCGACUGUAGUGUACUCGGGCUCUAUGGAUUGGUUGGCUGAUCCUGAUGACGUAAGAGCCCUUCUACCCAAGAUUACAAAUCUUGUAGCGUCCAAGGUCAUGGAUGAGUGGCAACACCUAGAUUUUAUAUGGGCCAUGGACGCGCCGCAGCAAGUCUACAGAGAUGUCAUAAGACGCAUUCACCAACAGGAAGCAGUCGACCACAACUCAACGUAG